CCAGCACAACUCGCAAAUAAAACCCUAGUGAGUCCACCACUUCUCCUCGCCACUCCAUCCACACUGUACAACCCGGCUGCCGCAGUCUGCAGACAACCAUGAUUUAUGAUUUUGUCCGAGUAACCUAUUUGCCUUGGGUCGGUGUGGUAAGUAGUGCGCAGUUCGAGAGGGGUUCUACUUCUAAUGAAGCAAGAGAGGGAGCCACUAUGUCUUGGAAAGACAAGUCUACUAAGCUUCAAUUAACUCGGAGGUUCAACAAGGCUUCUAAUGAAGCAAGAGAAGGAGACACUAUGUCUAUGAGGUUGAAAGAGAAGAAUGCUGCUGUGAGGUUGAAAGAGAAGAAGGCUAUUGAGCUUCAAUUAACUAAGAGGUUUCUGCUUGGGGUUUUGUCCUGGCCUCUGCCGCUUGUUAAGGUUGUAUUGGAGCUUAAUAUGGCGGAGAUGGUGAGUUUCGGUGAAGUUAAAGGAGGUGAUUCGGUUAUUGUUGACCUUGAUUCUCAUGGCAAGUUGGUCAUUAUUCGAGGUAGUAGCAGCGCUGCUCCACGGUUCCGGGAACCGAUUGUUCUCUAGAUGCGGGCUCCGUUGACCUUUUUCCUGUCUUUGUGGAAGUGAAUGGUGUGGAGCCAGUAGUACAACAAGGAUGGCUUAGUUUCUAGACUAUAUUUAUACUGAAUAAUGUGCACGUUAUUUUAGUGUUUUUUUUUUUUAUCACUAACAAGUUUUAUUCUUCCAGAUAUGUGUCUGGUUGGUUCUUAUUUGUUUGGUAGAAACAUGUGAAGUUUUUUUUCUUCUUCAUGUCUGCAGUGGAGAAAGAAAUAUAGAGUUAUGGACUGGGAAGUCGAACGUCCAUCUCUCUCAAUGCUCUCAUAUGUUUCGUUUCUGAUAAAAAAAAAUAUAGUUGUUUCGAAUUUGUACAAGCAUUAGGAUGGGGUAAACCUCGUCUUUGUGAAUAUAGUUGGCAGCUAUUCUACUCUUUGUGCCAUAAUAAUGAUACUGCCGUCUUGCUUGCC